AUGGGAUAAGAUUAUGUUCUAUGCUUGUGCUAAGGCCAUGAGGAAUUCAAUGAUCUUAUUAACAAUGAAUAUGAAGAUGAAAAUUAAAAUUAAAAUGAAGAUGAAAAUUAAAAUUAAAAUUAAAAUGAAUAGCAAGUUGAAAAUGAAAAAAUAUAUUAAGAUUAAGAUUAUGAUGAAAUACAGUAAAUUGAUGAGGAAGAGAGUGGUCCUAUAAAUCAUAGUUAUCAAAUUUCACAAGAAGAUCAAAUUUUUAGUGAAGAAAUUGAGAAAUAAAAGAAUAAUAAUAUAAAUUACAAUAAUAAGAAAAAAUAAGAAAUUAUAGAAGAGGAAGAAUCAGAUUGCAUUGAAGAAUAAUUAACAACUUAAAAAAAUAAAUAAUUAAAUUAAAAUAAUAUGGACGAAGAUUAUAAUGAAGAUGAUGAAAUAAAUAAAAAUGAACAAUAAUUUUCAGUUUAUAUUGGAUAAAAUCAUUUAAAAAAUGAUAAAAAUGUAAAAAACUAGAAUAUUUUUAAUAGAGCUCUCUAUAAUCAAUUAUAAUCACAUGUUAUAUUACAAUAAAUGACAUAAAUUAAGAGUAGCUGCUUUUGUUUUUAUUGUGAACAGUAUUAAAUUAUAAAUUUGCUCUCUAAAAAUCAAAAAAAUAUGAAAAUUUUUAAUUUCUAACUAAGUUUAUGUCCAUCAUUCGAAAUUUAGCUAAAAAAAAAUUUAGAUUAUUUUGACCUAAAAAGUAAACAGAAUUUACUUGAAAUUGGAUUUUGUUCUUAUGUUGAAAUAAACUAAAAUCAAAUUAAAUUAGUAUGCGAUUAACUUGAAAAUAAUAUGGGAAGUAUAAAUACUAUUUGCCUAUAAACUUCUAAUACUAUUUAAAAAUAACAAUUUUAUAAAUUGAGUAGGCUUGUCAAUUUUUCAAGUCUUGAAUAUUGA